UUGGCUUCUCGUCAGUUCUGCAAUCGUAGUGGCUGGGUCGGUCUUGGAAUGCACAUCGGGUUUCUUCAAUGAUGAGUCACAGACUGCAAUGGUUCUGGUCACGCUGGGACACUUGACAUGCCUGUUUGGCACCGGUUUCGGCAUUCACAUUGGGCUGUAUAUCAUCGUUCAGAUUUUCCAUCCCUAUAUUGAAAAGAGAGUCGGAAAUGACUCUUGUCACGAAUUUCCGGAUUUUCAAGACAUGACUUUCGUUCGUUACGUGGCUGUCUAUGAAAUUUUGCUCGGUUUUGGGCGAUUCUUUAUUCCAAAAGUGCCGUUAUAUCCUCCCACUAACACUUUUCCUUGCAUGGGAUACUACGUAGACUGUUUGCCAUUUUACUUCAGUUUGAAGAUCCUUUUUGCUUCAAUUCCU